AUGGUGGCACCCGCCGUAGUCCCCCCAAGACUCUGGGGGCGACGUCUCUUUCCCCCACCACCCCCAAAGCCCUCGUGCAAAUGGAGCUGCUGCUCCCACAAGGUUGAGGAGCACCCUGACCACGGGCACCCCCCGGCUGAGUCCCGGAUCCCCGCCUGCAUCCCCAACAUCCCCUCCUUGCACCCCAAGAUCCCCGCCUGCAUCCCCAACAUCCCCUCCUUGCACCCCAAGAUCCCCGCCUGCAUCCCCAACAUCCCCUCCUUGCACCCCAAGAUCCCCGCCUGCAUCCCCAACAUCCCCUCCUUGCACCCCAAGAUCCCCGCCUGCAUCCCCAACAUCCCCUCCUUGCACCCCAAGAUCCCCGCCUGCAUCCCCAACAUCCCCUCCUUGCACCCCAAGAUCCCCGCCUGCAUCCCCAACAUCCCCUCCUUGCACCCCAAGAUCCCCGCCUGCAUCCCCAACAUCCCCUCCUUGCACCCCAAGAUCCCCGCCUGCAUCCCCAACAUCCCCUCCUUGCACCCCAAGAUCCCCGCCUGCAUCCCCAACAUCCCCUCCUUGCACCCCAAGAUCCCCGCCUGCAUCCCCAACAUCCCCUCCUUGCACCCCAAGAUCCCCGCCUGCAUCCCCAACAUCCCCUCCUUGCACCCCAAGAUCCCCGCCUGCAUCCCCAACAUCCCCUCCUUGCACCCCAAGAUCCCCGCCUGCAUCCCCAACAUCCCCUCCUUGCACCCCAAGAUCCCCGCCUGCAUCCCCAACAUCCCCUCCUUGCACCCCAAGAUCCCCGCCUGCAUCCCCAACAUCCCCUCCUUAUCCCCGCCUGCAUCCCCAACAUCCCCUCCUUGCACCCCAAGAUCCCCGCCUGCAUCCCCAACAUCCCCUCCUUGCACCCCAAGAUCCCCGCCUAUCCCCGCCUGCAUCCCCAACAUCCCCUCCUUGCACCCCAAGAUCCCCGCCUGCAUCCCCAACAUCCCCUCCUUGCACCCCAAGAUCCCCGCCUGCAUCCCCAACAUCCCCUCCUUGCACCCCAAGAUCCCCGCCUGCAUCCCCAACAUCCCCUCCUUGCACCCCAAGAUCCCCACCUGCAUCCCCAACAUCCCCUCCUUGCACCCCAAGAUCCCCACCUGCAUCCCCAACAUCCCCUCCUUGCACCCCAAGAUCCCCACCUGCAUCCCCAACAUCCCCUCCUUGCACGCUGACAUUCCCUGCUUAUGCACAAUUCCCUGUUAG